AUGAAGCAGAAAUAUCAAGGAACAACGCGAGUAAAGCGUGCUCAUCUACAGGCAUUGCGAAAGGAGUAUGAAAUUGCUCACAUGAAGGAAGGAGAAUCUGUGAAUGAGUACAUUGCUCGUGUUCUUGUCAUCACCAACAAGAUGAAAGCCAAUGGUGAAGAAUUGAAAGAUGUUGCUGUUGUGGAAAAGAUUCUGAGGUCAAUGACACCUAAGUUCAAUUAUGUCGUCUGUUCAAUAGAAGAAUCUAAUGAUACAAGAAUUUUGUCAAUUGAUGAGCUGCAAAGCAGUUUGCUCGUGCACGAACAACGCAUGAGUAACACUAUACAUGAAGAACGUGCACUGAAGGUGACCCAUGGAAACCAAUAUGCAGGACAAGGAAGAGGACGUGGGAACAUGGAGUGCAAAGACAAACAGGAAAGAGUAUUGCAGAGGAAAGAAAGAAGGUGGAAGGAAUUCUCUGUCUAUUGA